UGUGAAGCAGAGCCCGGAUUCCCAAGCGCAGCACUGCUGGUGCUGGUUUACAGCAAGGUGCCCUCGGUGCCACUGUGAUUCCUAAGACAGCAGUGGGGUUGAUGACCUCCCUCUCUUAACCCAUUAGCAUUAUGAUUCUGCUGACCUAAAUUCCCCCAAAGUUUCGGCUGCAUGCAUCACAUGUUCCUUCCUGCUCUGUGCUGCUCACACCCUCCAGCCCAGGGAAGGAUCUGCACAGCACUGGCAGCGUCGCUCCUACACAGGAACGUUUGCUCAUCCUGGAUGUGUGCUGACUUCAGUGGUACCUGGAAGCAGUGAGGAAAGAGAGGGGAAGGGGGAGGAUUCAGAUCGCUCCACGCAGCCUUGGCAACCUGGAUGUUGUUUCUUGAUCCACACUCCUGUCUGAAUCACCUGCUUUUUCCACCCCCUCUUUUGCUCCUGUGUUGGGCAACGACCCACUUACAUCACUGCUGUGCCACAGAUCAUUACCAAUACCCCAAUCCAUGCCUGACCACUUCCUCUCUCCACCCUCAGACUUCCCAACUUGUAAUGUUUCUCCCUUCUUCCCAGUCAUGGUAAAAUGAGGGCUUUCUGAAGUUCAUCAGCUUCUUUGGUAAGACCCAGAUACUGCUCAGGACUAGUCCAUCAGGAUGCUUUGGCAUCAUCAUCACUGAAACAAAUUAGGAACAGUUAUCUUUCUGUGCAUCGCUUCCUAGAAUAGAUCCAGGACAAGUUCACAGCCUCUCAAGGCAAAGGGGACGUAGGAAGGCUGCUGAAUGUGAUUGAGUGCAGUGGGCAGUGAAACAGGGACACCUUGGAUGGGAACAACAUUUCAUCACAGCACCAGUAUCUGCCAUGUCAGAGCUGCCACAUGAGGUGCAACCAUGCCAACCCUGAUGGCAGGUGGGGAAACUGAGGCACGAGAUGGCUCAAGUGACCUGCCUAAGGCAAAAAGGGCAGAACCGAGACUAACACCUGUGCUCAUCUGGCAGACAACCCAGGGUGGGCUCUGUCCCCUUCACACAGCAUCACUUGUUAGCAUCACCUCAAAGUAGCUGGGGAAGGCUCAUGGGGAGCAGCAAUCCCCAGUGCUGGAGAAGCCACUCCCAGCGCCUGCCUCUGCGCAUAGGGAAACUAUUUAGGGUGGAGAUAUUCUGGGAGGGCUCCCAGACGCUGGAGGUGUCCGGUCUGUUAUACUGCAGGUGGGGACAGCUCCAGUCACAUUCUUGGCUUUGCUUGUUCUUUUUUCUGGGAAACAUUUAAAUGAUCCAGAGAUGAGCCACGCCAGACCCCGCUAUGCCAUCGAACGCCCUGCGUAUUCGGUCAGCCUAUUUGAUGAAGAGUUUGAGAAGAAAAGCAGAAGUUAUCCCAUUGGGGAAAAGUUGAAAAACCUUUUCAGAUGUUCAGCUUCCAGAUUCAAGCUCAUUCUCUUCAGCCUGUUCCCAAUACUUGUAUGGCUUCCCAAGUAUAAAAUCAAGGAGUACAUUUUGCCUGAUGUUCUCGGUGGGGUCAGUGCGGGGACAAUCCAAGUGCCACAAGGGAUGGCUUUUGCACUGCUGGCCAACCUGCCUCCCGUCAACGGGCUCUACUCCUCCUUCUUCCCUUUGAUAACAUACCUCUUCCUUGGCGGUAUCCACCAGAUGGUCCCAGGUACUUUUGCAGUCAUCAGCAUUAUUGUUGGCAACGUCUGCCAUGAGCUGGCUCCAGAAUCAGACUUCCAGUACUUCAACCACACUACCAAUGAGACCAGCGUGAAUACCACAGCCAUGGAAGCAGCCAGACUGGAGAUCUCUGCCACGCUAGCCUGCCUGACUGCCAUCAUACAACUGUGCCUGGGAUUCGUGCAGUUUGGCUUUGUUGCUAUCUACCUGUCAGAGUCUUUCAUCAGGGGCUUCAUGACAGCAGCAGGGCUGCAGAUCCUCAUCUCCGUGCUCAAGUACGUCUUCGGCUUGACAGUCCCGUCUUACACCGGGCCCUUAGCUAUCGUCUAUACAUUCAUCGAUAUUUGCAAAGGUCUGCCCAAAACCAACGUGGCCUCCUUGGUCUAUGCCUUGAUCAGUGCUGUGCUUCUGAUUGUUGUCAAGGAACUCAACCUGAAGUACAUGAAAAAGAUCCGGAUGCCCAUUCCCAUGGAGAUCAUCAUUGUAAUAGUUGCAACUGCAAUCUCUGGCAGCUUUAAGAUGCCCGAAAAGUACAAUAUGCCAGUGGUUGGGAAGAUCAGCAUGGGGUUCCCAGAGCCCACCCUGCCCCUGGUGAGCAAGUGGAAGGACAUGAUUGGCACAGCCUUCUCGCUCGCCAUCGUGAGCUACGUGAUCAACCUGGCCAUGGGGAGGACGCUGGCAGCCAAGCAUGGCUAUGAUGUGGACCCCAACCAGGAAAUGCUGGCCCUGGGCUGCAGUAACUUCUUUGGAUCCUUCUUCAAAAUCCACGUCAUCUGCUGCGCUCUCUCUGUCACUCUUGCUGUGGAUGGGGCAGGAGGGAAAUCACAAGUGGCAAGUUUCUUUGUGGCAUUGGUGGUUAUGGUGACCAUGCUUUCUCUGGGAAUUUAUCUUGAGCCUCUUCCAAAGUCUGUCCUGGGAGCCCUCAUCGCUGUCAACCUGAAGAACUCCCUCAAGCAGCUGGCUGAUCCCUUCUACCUGUGGAAGAAGAGCAAGCUGGACUGCCUGGUCUGGCUGGUGAGCUUCCUGGCUGCCUUCUUCUUGAGCCUGCCCUACGGAGUCGCAGUGGGUGUGGGAUUUUCCGUGCUGGUUGUGGUUUUCCAUACCCAGUUCCGGAACGGUUCCGCACUAGGCCAAGUAACAUCCAUGGACAUCUACAAGAACCCCAAAGCCUACAACAAGGUACACGAACUCAACGGCAUUAAAAUCGUGACUUACUGCUCGCCACUGUAUUUUGCCAACUCAGAGAUAUUCCGCGAGAAGAUUAUAGCCAAGACUGGAGUGGAUCCUGGGAAAGUGUACUUAGCCAGGAAGAAAUACGUGAAAUGGCAGGAGAAGGGGACAGCACAACCAUCAACAAAGCCACCAAAAUUCUUACUGAGGCAGAACAAGACCUUAUCCUUGCAAGAGCUCCAGAAAGACUUUGAAAGCACCUCUCCAACAGACACCAACAACAACCAGACGACUGCUAACGGCGCCAGCAUCUCUUACAUCACAUUCUGCCCUCCUGCCAACGGCGCCGGGCAGGUGCACACCUCCAGUGAGCUGGGCAGCACCACCACUCUGCAAGGAAGCACCUUCAGGGUCAUGUCAACUGCAGAUGUUGACCCCAUGGCCACGGCACCGCCCUAUGUCAGCUUCCAUACCAUCAUCCUGGACAUGAGUGGGGUGUGCUUUGUUGACCUCAUGGGCACAAAAGCACUGGGCAAGCUGUGUUCCAGCUAUCAGAAGAUUGGGAUUAAAGUGUUCUUGGCAAACGUGCAUGCCCAGGUGUACAACGACAUCAGCACAGGUGGAGUUUUUGAAGAAGGAGGCCUGGACAGAAAGCACAUCUUCCUGACCAUCCAUGAUGCUGUUUUGUUCGCACUGGCAAAUAUCAAAGAAGUCCACCCGCCCAUCUUAGAAGAGAGGCCGAAUCAGACAGAACUCUCCAUCUACGAUGAGUCUGUGGAUGAAAGCAGCUCGGAGUUCACAAACUUGGAGGAGGUUAGUCCUAGUGCCUGGGGUCACUUCUUCACCUGUGGGCAGGAGGGAGACCAGGUGGGACAUUCUACCUUGAAUCAGGAGGCAUUUUCCCAGGAGGUGGCACUGCCUGAUGCUGACCCCCACACUAUGAGGAGGAGGUCAGGGAAGGGCUGGGGCUUCAGCUGACAUUGCUUUGUGCAACUGAACCACUUGCUGGGUUUGUGCUCUGCCAUGGCACCAGCCCUAACCCAGCACGCCUUGUGUGCCCUCUAGGAGAUGUUUGGAAGCAUGUUCCACUCAGAGACACAGACAGCGCUGUGAGCCUUGUGCUGAUAAACCCUCCUGGACAGCCUCCUCUUUCCCAUCCCAUCAUGAAGAGCUGCAGUCCUACCCAGGAAUACAAAGAGUUUGCAAAGCAAGAGCUCAUCACGCCUCUUGAACUGGUAAAUUUCUCCUCCUGCUCUGCUUCUGGUGCUCAGAGAAAUGGCCUCUGGAGCAGACAACAGAACACCACGGAGCAGGAACUCAGGAAAUGCCAUCCUAUUAAUCACAGAAGAGAAGCAAGCUCACCUGACGGCAGGUGCCUCAGCACAUGGGAUGAUCAGUUGGUUUUGCCACAUGCUUGCCUUUGUCUCACACAGUCACAAACUUCUGCCCACAGAGGCAUUACAUAAUUUGGGCAUCCCCCUUCUUUCUUUUCCUUCCUCCUUCUUUUCCCGAUGAAAUGAAAUUAAGCAAAUAUUGCGAGCCUCUCACGGCUUUGAAUCACGAGCGAAAACAGCUUUUGCAAGGUGCAGCCUGUAAGGUAAUGUUGUUUCAAGAUGUGCACUGACUGUCGGGGUGCCUGCACUGCAGGUGCCAACCUUUGUGUUCUCCCACAUUUCUCCAUGCCUCUGCACUGCUCUCUGUGUGACCCAGAAACCACAGCCUCCAAUCAGUGCUGCGUUUCUCACACCUUAAAGACCCUGGUGCAGUAUCUCAGGAGGGCUAUUUUCCGGAUUAUAUUUUUACUUAUUAAUAGGACUAGCUUGUAAUAGGGAGUAUGAAUUCCUCAUUACUGUGUGCUGUGUGUGCAUGCCAGUCUGCCUGCCCAGUAAGUCAGUAUGUGUUCAGAUGACCCAGGCUCAAGUUAAAAUCCCUCCUGACAUUUUUAGGCAUCUUCCUUCUGUCUGAACAGGGCUGCAGAGAAGGUUUUUAGACUGUGCAUGUCACGAAAGCAUUAAUUCCAAGGGUGUUCUGCCUCUCUUUUCAUCUUGUUGACUGCAGUACCUAAAUGAUUCAGCCUGGUACGUGGAUUAGUGUUUUGUGGAGAUAUAUAUACAUCUAUAUAUAUUUUUUCCCAAGUCAUUUUGACCACAAAAAGCAAAUGCAGGGACAGCGAGGAAUCCCCUUCUUCUAAAGUCCUGGAUCCAGGGCAGCAAGAUGAAAAUUUCAGCCCGUUUUGUAUCUGCAACUGGUAACACCUGCACUAUGGAGGGCUUCUGAUGACAAGCUCUCAGAUGGUCACUCAGGCAGCAAGGGAACAUUCUUUUUUAUAUGUGAUAUUUCUGUAACAAUUCUCUACUGCAUAUUUGAUGGUUUUCAUUAAAAUUCAUCUCAGAUUGAUAAUACCAGGACCAUCUACCUCUCAGGCAAACAAGCCUGACACUCUAACCCAGAAAAGACAGAUGAGAUCUUAAUCAUUUCUAGAAAUCUGGCAUUCUUUUAUAUUUGAGUGAUGCUUAUAACAAGUGCUAUUUUAAUUUCCCUUUCUGACACCUUCCCUUCUUACCCAGAGCUGAUAUUGUGACAGUAAUGACAAGAUAACAAUGUAAAGCCUGAAAAAAUCUAAGCAGAAGCCAAGAAUUAAAGGGACCCUUCUUCAGUGCAUUUCAACCUCAAAUAUGGCUUUGAUGAAAGUAAGGCCAUAGAAAAUUUAGUAUGUCUUCAGUUGCAACGAAUGCAGAUUUUUCUGUUUGAUUUUCAAAUCCUCCUACAAAGUAUUUCCAGCACUGGGAUAAAGACAAGAGUCAACAAGCAAAACUGAACAGUCUGUUAUAUUUCCAUGAAUUAAGAAAAAAAAAGAAAAAAAAAGUCGCCUUAAUAAUCAAAGCAAAUUAUAUUUUUAAAGCUUAUUUUGAUUUUAUUGCUCCACGACUUUAAAAAGAUAAACAAGUUUUAGUGCACAAUUUCAAGGUACAUAUUGAGUUGAUUCAUUAACACAUUGCUGGAAGGCUUUCUGGGCAGACAAAGCAGAGCUUCCCUAUUGCUCCCAGAUGUGCCAUUUUUAAGGAAAAUAGAGCUUCAUGAACCAUCAUAGCUAGAAAAAACAUCACAGGUAAUCACAUCACGACCUGCCACUUUGCUUUUAUGUAACACCUAAGCCACCAUUUCUCUACCUCAGUUUCGGAUUAUGUGGUGCAGGAGAGUAAUAACACCAAAAAAAAGUUAGUUUCCCAAAAGAAAAAAGCCACCUACUAAUAGUUAUUACUUAUUUUGAUCAGAGACAGCAGUGCUUUUUCCAGAACUGUGUUUUGUUGUACAAGCUGAAAACAAGAGCUGAAUUAUCUUAUCUUAGAGGGUGAUUACUCAUGCUGUUUUGCUACUGCCUGAGUGUUCCUUUUAUUCACUCAUAUGAAGGAAAAAAAAAAAAAGGAAUUGGUGCAACGGAACACAAAGCUAUUCUACAGUAAGCAAUCAACACUUCUGUAUGUCUGAGGUUGCUUUGCUUCAAACAAGGAAAACUGCAGUUUCCAGUUCCUCAUUUGGGUUUAGUUGGAGGAGACUGAUUCCUCAGGAUCUGCCAGACCUCAUGCAGGAAACCUCGGAGCAACAGGCUGUGCAUGAAGAAUAGAUUUUGUUUCUUGAAGUUCCUGCAACAUAACAGAUGGGAUCUCAAGGGAGGCUACAAUAGCAGCACUGGCAUACAGUGAUGAUUCUUUUUGGUAGCCACAGGUCACUUCUGGUGACAACAUGAACAGAUAGAACCACUGGAAGCUCAACAAUGUCUUCAUUUCCAUGUCCUGGUCAGGAGAGUGAGGGAAACUCCAAUUUAUACUGGGGUAGAAAAUCUUUAACUUCAGUGUCCUUUUAUUGCUGACGGUGUGUAAUGGCUCUGAAGCCUCCCGUGAUAAACUCAUGAUGUAUAACCAGCUCAGAAUGUUUGUAAUUUAUUUAAUUUAAUAUCGGUUUUGUUCUUUUUUUUUUUUUCUU